AUGUUAUUUUUUAGCUUGAGUAUCUGGAUUUUUUUUGUUGCAAAUACCUUAGGUGCUCCUUCAAUUGUUAAGAAAGAUGAUGAUUUAGAUACUACCACUGCUUUUGCUGAUGCGGUUAAUGCUACUUGGGAUACUUUUUGGGAUAAUUCUAAAAACGCUUGGAAUGUCGAUGAUCCAGCUUGUGGUGAUUCGUUUUCAUAUCCUUCAGUUUGGAAAGCUGCUGUUGCCAGUAAAGCCAUUAGUGAUACUUUUGAUAAAACCAAAAUCUAUGAAGUAACUCAAAGUUUGAUUGAUAAUUAUAAAAAUUCUGAUGGUUGGUUUUCUGCAACUACUGCAAAAGAUGAUGAUGUCUACACUGAUGAUAACAGUCAAGUUGUUUGGGUCUUACUUGAUUCUUAUAAAUAUACCGGUACGAUUGACCAUUUAACAGUUGCAGAAAAAGUCUUAUCAAAUAUAAAAGAUCAAUGGGAUUCUUCUAUUGGUGGGGUCAAAUGGAGUAUCAAUGGAGAUUAUGUUGCAUCUAUUUCAACUGCUGAAUCUGCUUUGGCUGCUAUCAGAUUAUAUCAAUUAAACAAUGAUGAGUCUUUACUUGAAUUUUCUAAGACAUGUAUCGACUUUUUAUUUGAUAAAUUACAAGAUCCCUCGGAUCAUCUCUUAUAUGAUGGUAUCACUGUUUCUUCAGGUGAGGUUAAUAAAGGUAAACUUACUUAUACCGUCGGUACAACUAUUUCAACCCUCUCUUAUUUGAUUAAAAUUACCGGUGAUCAAAGCUAUAACGAUAAAGCAGUUCAAUUAGCAAAAGCUGCAAUCAAUAAAAAUGGUGCAUUUUACACUAACGGCUAUUGGAAUAACCAAUUGCAAUACAUUCAUUUAUUAUACGCUGGUUUUGUUGACUUGAUUACUGUUUCAACCGCUAAUAAUCAGAAACAAAGUGGGUUUUAUCAAAAAUUAAUCUCUGAAAUGAAUAGACAGGCUACUUAUACUUAUGAUUAUUUGCAAAUCAGUAAGGGUUACUAUUAUCAUAAUGUCUACACUUAUACUGACCAAAUGUAUUCUAAAUAUACCUCUAAAUUUGGAUCUUCGAAAUCUUACAAUGCAAACCCAAAAAAUUUCUGUGGUGGUGAUGUUAACGGUACUCCAAAGAAAGAUUUAAUGGAUAACGCAUCAGCUGCUCAAAUUUUUUAUGAACUCAGUAGAGUUUCUUCUUAA